GAUUCAAAUAACACGUGUAAUAAUCCCCCCUCUCAGCUCACACUCUCUCAGGUCUAAGCAUCACGCAUCAUCUAGCCAAAUUCGUUGCUACUUGUUUAUGCAAUUCUUCAUCCAUUUCCCCAAAUUCUAGGUGUAGAUCGGUGAAAUCGGAGCACUUAGAUAAGAAACGAGCGACGGCGAUAACAUCAUUGAGCUGAGAACGUGAAAUCUUAUUGGUGAAUUGGUGAAUUGCGAUGGAUUUAGCCAAUGAGGUCGCAUAAUUCGAUCAAAGCUUCCAUAAGAAUUAGGGAGAAAACUGGAAUUUAUGGGUUUUGGUAUUAUGAACAAUCUGGCCUUGGCUGUCUAGAAAUUAGAUGCAAUUAUGAAUUGUUGAUCGGUGGACAUUCCUGAUUUGAAAUGUCGAUUCACUGUUCUUUUUUCCCGAUUUAUUGAAGUAUAAUUUUAAUUUGAUUUUUCUUGAAUUUAUUUUUGAUCAAUUAGUUGGGAGAGGAAAUAAGUUUAGGAAUAUUGUGAGAGACGAUGGAAUUAUUGACAUGUUUGAUUAUGGAUGAGAUUUUCCGGUGAAAAAAUUGGAUACUGUAUAUAUUGUUAACGUGAUUAUCGAUUUUCGUUGCAUGAAUGAAUAUUCUUGGCAGUGAUCUAACUGAUUAAUCAAACUCUUGCUUUAAUUUUGGCUGCCUAACUUAAAUUUGGUGACUUAUUACUUUAAUUUGUUAUAAGUAAAUGUGAUUAAUGAGCAGGUACAACAUGUUUAUCAAUGGAUACCACCACGACAAGGAUGGCUGAAAUGCAACGUCGACGCCGGCUUUCAUAAGGAUGGCAGAAUCACAAGAGGAGGAUGGUGCAUCUGAGAUGACGGCGAACUGUUUAGGCGUGCAGGAACAUAUUGGAUAAGUCAUGAGAAUAAGCAAGAAAUCAUUACUAUUUCAUUUAGUUAUCUGUGACCAUUUGGGACUUGGAGUGAAAACUGGACUUCCAUACAUAUGGCACAGCAAAGCAAGUAACCCAUUUGUGAAUCUGAAAAAGGAGUACAAAGGUAUCUUCUGGCAAGAAGAGAUCAUUCCAUUUUUCCAAGCUGCGACUCUUUCGAAAGAUGCCACCUCUGUUCAGAAAUGCUACAUUGAACUUUCCAAGCAAGUCAAGGAGAAACUUGGAGUUGUUGAUCCUUACUUUGUCAAACUAGCUGAUGCCAUGGUGACAUGGAUUGAAGCAUGGGAUGAGAUUAACAACUCAGCUGAAGAGAAGACAACUAAAAACAAAACUGCUGUGGCUGCUGCCAAGUGAAAUAACUUGUUAUAGUUUAUGAGAUGAGAGUAGUUUUCAAACAGUUUUCAUUUAUCAUCUUCAUCAUAUUUGUUAGCAUUAUUAUAUUAUUAUGAUUCUUGUUGAUUUUGCUAGAUUCCAACAUAUUAAUGAUUAACAAGAACAUAGCACAUCUAUAUGACCGAAGUACAUGAUACAUGUAGGCUGUACCUCAUUGUUUGUGCCCUGAAUUGAACUGUAUUUUCCAA